AUGCACGAUAAAGCGCUGCCCCACCGAAAUUUUUGCGGGCUGUCAAGCGUCUCGAACGUCAAUUGGUCUCCGAGCUUCAUCCAGAACAAACCGAACACCAUCAAACCUUCCUCAUCUGGCAUCACCAUCACUAUGGCGAAAAGACGAUCAAAAAAGAGGACGCAUGUCGGCGCGAACAAUCCGGCCACGGUCAAUGGCCAUGCGAACCCGAAAGACCCAAAGAGCAUGGUCAUUCGGAUAGGCGCCAGCGAAGUGGGAACCAGCGUCAGUCAGUUGGCCACCGAUGUUCGACGUGUCAUGGAACCGGGGACAGCAUCCCGGCUCAAGGAACGGAAGGCGAACAGAUUGCGGGAUUAUGUCACCAUGUGCGGCCCGCUCGGCGUCACUCAUCUCCUCCUGUUCUCGAGGUCCCAGUCCGGGAACACCAACUUGCGCCUGGCGAUUGCGCCGCGAGGUCCUACGUUCCACUUCAGAGUCGAAAAGUACUCCUUGACGAAGGAUGUGAGGAGGGCACAGAGGCAUCCCAAGGGCGGGGGAAAGGAAUACAUCACUCCCCCACUGCUAGUGAUGAACAACUUCACCAGUCCCUCUUCCGAUGCGCAUACAAAGGUGCCACGGCACCUGGAGUCCCUCACCACGACCGCCUUUCAAUCCCUCUUCCCGCCCAUCAACCCCCAGACAACACCGCUGAAGUCGAUCAGGAGAGUAUUGCUUCUGAACCGCGAGCAGUCCGAGGACGGGACGUUCGUCAUAAAUUUUCGGCACUACGCCAUCACGACAAAAGCGGUCGGGCUGUCGAAGCCAUUGAGGCGGCUUAACGCUGCCGAGAAAAUGCUCAAAUCCAAGAAGGGAAAGAAAGGCGGGGUCCCAAAUCUUGGGAAUCUGAGGGAUAUAUCAGAGUUUAUGAUUGGAGGCGAAAAUGGAGAGGGCUACAUGACAGACGGAACCAGCGGCAGUGAACCCGAUACAGACGCCGAAGUCGAAGUUAUGGAAACCACCACGAAACGGGUCCACAGCGGCAAGGCCAGAGCUGCGGAACAAAAUAGCGACGAUGAGGAGGGUGGAGCUAACGACAACGUCGAACGGCGCGCCGUGAAGCUCGUCGAGCUGGGACCUCGGAUGCGCUUGAGGAUGACCAAAGUUGAGGAAGGGAUGUGUGCGGGCAAGGUCAUGUGGCACGAGUAUGUCCACAAAACCAAGGAAGAGAUCCAGGAGCUGGAGAAGAGGUGGGAGCAGCGCAAGAAAGAAAAGGAAGCGCGCAAGAAGCAGCAGAAGGAGAACAUCGAAAAGAAACGCAAGGCAAAGGAAGGGAAAAAGAACGCGGCCGGAGACAAGGACGGUAGGGACGACGAUGACAAGAUGGACGUCGACGAGUACGAUAGCGACCUUUAUGAGGACGAGAAUGGCUUCGACAGCGAAGGGCUGGAGGGUGAUGCCGAAGAGCAGGUCAACGCGGCGAUGGAAGAGAAGGGGGAAUGGGAGGACGAGGAGGCGGAGAUCGCCGAGGGCAAGAGCUCGAAAACGAAAUCUCUCAAAAGGUAGUUUGCAUAUAAUGGGGACUAUUCCUCUCGGCGAAGAGGAGUCAUGGCCACAGCUGAAAGGGUAUACUUUUGUGAAAGCGAUCCACUUUGUUAGGAACGGGCUCAUGGCAUAUACGGUGACCUUUUGAACAAGACUGCAUUCCCUAGGGAUAUUAUAUACGCAGAGAUCGAUAUGAAGUAGCGUGUCGUGACACGCGCUUAUUACCAGAUAUUGCCGAGGAGCAGGUG